AUGCCGGAGGGCACCGUGCUGGGCACUGCGGUGCUGGCAGCGCUGCUGGUGCUGGUGUCCCCAUCCUGGACCCCCACCCACAGCGCUGGUGUCUGUGCCUUCUAUGGCGAAUGCGGCUACAACCCAGAGGUGAACGUGUCCCUGGUGCGCUCCAAGGUUCCCUGUGUGUCCAACACCGCGGCACGGGAACCCUCAGCCGCACUCCUGAACCUGCUGAGCUCCGUGUGCCCGGACCUGGCUCUGGGCACAGCCGCAGCCCCGCGGGUGUGCUGCAGCCUGGCGCAGGUGCUGGCGCUGCAGCUCAGUGUGGCUCUGUCCGGCGCGGUGCUGGCGCGGUGCCCGUCCUGCGCCCGCAACUUCGCCAACAUCCAUUGCCACAACAUCUGCAGCCCUGACCAGAGCCUCUUCAUCAACGUCACACGCGCGGUGCCGGUGCCGGGAACCAACCUCUUUGCCGUCGUCGAGUACCAGAGCUUCUACCGGCAGGAGUUUGCCGAAGCCUCCUUCGCCUCGUGCCAGGGUGUGCGGCUACCGGCCACCGGCGGCUUCGCGCUGGACACCAUGUGUGGGCUCUAUGGCGCGCGGCUGUGCACGGCCCAGCGCUGGCUGGACUUCCAAGGGGACAAGAGCAAUGGGCUGGCCCCGCUGCAGAUCCACUUCCACCUGGUGCCCAAUGGCACCGGCACCGGCACUGGCACCGGCACCGGUGCGGGCCUGGAGCCGCUGUAUGUGCGGGCCUGGAGCUGCGGUGAGGCUGUCAGCGCCCAGGAACAGGCCUGCUCCUGCCAGGACUGUGCCGAAUCCUGCCCCACCAUCACCCCCCCGCCCGGCCCCAAACCCCCCUUCCGCAUCGGUGCUGCCGACGGGGCCCUGGUGCUGUGUGUGCUGCUCUUCGGCCUCCUCACCCUCCUCUUCCUCCUCACCCGGAUCUGCCAUCACCGCGGCUCCAAACAGGGGCUCACCCUGCAUCCGGCACCGGUGACCCCCCCCGGGUGCUCGGUGCGAUGGGGUGAUGCUGUGCACCGGGCGCUGGUGCGGGUGUUCCGGUGCUGGGGGGUGUUUGUGGCCGCACACCCGCUGCCAGUGCUGCUGGUGGCUGUGGCGCUGGUCGGGGGGCUCUCGGCCGGGUUCCGCAGCCUGCGCCUCACCACAGACCCCGUGGAGCUGUGGUCAGCCCCCGGCAGCCGCGCGCGCCAGGAAAAGGCCUUUUAUGACCAACACUUUGGGCCCUUCCUCCGCACUAACCAAGUGAUCGUCACCGCUCCGCGGCACAACCGCUCCCGGUACCACUCGGUGCUGUUCGGGGCCCAGAACUUCAGCGCGGUGCUGUCCAUGGAGGUGCUACAGGCGCUGCUGCAGCUGCAGGAGAGCCUGGCGGCCGCCGCGGUACCGGUACCGGGCACGAACCGGACGGUGCGGCUGGAGGACGUGUGUUAUGCGCCACUGAACCCCAGCAACCCCGCGCCCGCCGACUGUUGUGUCAACAGCGUCACCCAGUACUUCCAGAACAACCGCACCCGCUUGGCCAUGGUGGCCACACAGCCCCACGGCACAGACACCGGCACCGUGGACUGGCGCGACCACCUCAUCUACUGCGUCAACUCCCCCCUCUCCUUCAAGGACAUCACAGCGCUGGAGCUGAGCUGUACGGCAGAGUAUGGCGGCCCCGUGUUCCCAUACAUUGCCCUCGGUGGCUACACCGGCUCCGAGUACACCGAGGCCGAAGCUCUCAUCAUCACCUACUCCCUGAACAACUUCGGGCGCAGGGACCCUCGGCACAUGUGGGUGCUGAGCUGGGAGAGCCACUUCCUGCAGCUGGUGCAGGACUUCCAGCGCAGACACCACAACCUCUCUGUCGCCUUCAUGGCCGAGCGCUCGCUGGAGGACGAGAUCAACCGCACCACAGCCGAGGACAUCCCCAUCUUCGCCGUCAGCUAUGCUCUGGUGUUCGCCUACAUCGCGCUGGCGCUGGGCGAGUACACCGCAUGGCGCCGGGUGCUGGUGGAGUCCAAGGUGACGCUGGCGCUGGGGGGUGUUGCCGUGGUCGUCGGUGCCGUGUUCGCCGCCAUGGGGCUGCUGGCGCUGCUGGGGCUGCCUUCAUCCCUCAUCAUCCUCGAGGUCGUUCCCUUCCUCAUCCUCGCUGUGGGCGCCGACAACAUCUUCAUCUUCGUGCAGGAGUACCAGCAGUGUCCGCGGGAGCCGGGCGAGCGGCGCCAGGAUCACAUCGGGCGGGUGCUGGGCCAGGCGGCUCCAAGCCUGGUGCUGAGCAGCUCCUCAGAGCUCAUCUGCUUCCUGCUGGGCUCUCUCAGCUCCAUGCCAGCCGUUCGCACCUUUGCUCUCACUGCUGCUGUCGCCGUCGCCUUCGAUUUCCUGCUCCAGAUCUCGGCAUUCGUGGCCCUGCUGGCGCUUGAUGCCCAGCGCCAGGAGGCCUCACGCCCGGAUCUCUGCUGCUGCUGCCUGCUGAUGGUGCUGACGGUGCUGAUGGUACUGACAGUGCUGAUGGUGCUGACGGUGCUGAUGGUGCUGAUGGUACUGAUGGUACUGAUGGUGCUGAUGGUACUGAUGGUGCUGAUGGCGCUGAUGGUACUGACAGUGCUGAUGGUGCUGACGGUGCUGAUGGUACUGACAGUGCUGAUGGUGCUGACGGUGCUGAUGGUGCUGCUGUUCCUGCUGCUCUCCUGUGCUGGGCUCUACCUGAUGCUGCAGGUGCCUGUGGGGCUGGACCAGGAACUCGCCAUGCCCAAGGACUCGUACGUGCUGCAGUACUUCAGUGCCCUCAACCAGUACCUGACCGUGGGUGUCCCCGUGUUCUUCGUCACCACCGAGGGCUAUGACUUCUCCUCUGCCGCCGGCACCAACGGGAUCUGCUCCAGCUCCGGCUGUGACCACAACUCCCUGACCCACACCCUGGACAUGGCCUCGCGGUUCCCCAACGCGUCCUUCCUGGCCCUUCCGGCCACCUCCUGGCUCGAUGACUUCCUCGACUGGCUCAACCCCACCGGGCGCUGCUGCCGCAUCCACCGGUUCGGCAAUGCCAGCGGCGAGUUCUGCCCUGCAACCAGCGAUGACCCAAGCUGCAUCGGUGGCCGGUGCCUCAAUGGGACGCGGCGCCCGACCCCAGACGAGUUCCGGCGCUUCCUGCCCUGGUUCCUGCAGGACCGUCCCACACUGCAGUGUGCCAAGGGCGGCCUCGGCGCCUACGACACCGCGGUGAGCAUGGAUGCCAACGGCACCAUCCUGGCCACGCGGUUCAUGGCCUACCAGCGCCCGCUGCGCACCUCUCAGGAGCACACGGCUGCUCUGCAGGCGGCUCGAGCCCUUGCCCUGGAGCUCAGCCGCAGCCUGCGCCGGGUGCCGGGAACAUGGAACCGGUUCCAUGUGUUCCCAUAUGCGGUGACCCACGUGUACUAUGAGCAGUACCUGACGGUGGUGCCAGAGGGGCUGGUGACUCUGGGGCUGUGCCUGGUUCCCACCUUCCUGGUGUCCUUCCUGCUGCUGGGCAUGGACCUGCGCUCCAGCACUGCCACACUCAUCACCAUCAUCAUGGUCCUGGUGGACACCGUGGGCGCCAUGGCCCUAUGGGACAUCCCAUACAAUGCUGUGGCCCUCAUCAACCUGGUGGCGGCUGUAGGUAUCUCAGUGGAGUUCGUGUCCCACAUCACUUACACCUUCGCACACAGCCGCAAACACGGACGUGUGGCUCGUGCGGCUGAUGCCACCGUCACCAUGGGCAGCAAGGUGGUGGCCGGCGUGGCCAUGACCAACCUUCCUGGCAUCGCGGUGCUGGCGUUUGCCAAAGCUCAGCUCAUCCAGAUCUUCUUCUUCCGCCUCAACCUCCUCAUCACCCUCCUGGGGCUGGUGCAUGGGAUCCUGUUCCUGCCUGUGCUGCUCAGCUACAUGGGUCCCGGCCCUCGGGGGCCCCCAUUGGAGCUGCCAUCGGGGGACGCGGCGAUGGGGGAGGGGCAGGGGCAGGGGGAGGGGCAGGUCCCUGCCCCCAGGCAGGGCUGA